UUUUUUUAAUUAGGAAACGAAACCUAGUGAAGCCGUGAAGGAGAGACAACACAAAAUAGAGGAGCAAUAAUUUAAUACACAAACUCCUUUUGCCUCUCAAUUUCUCACCAACCGAUCGAUAUCUGUGUUUGAUUCCGAUCUUCUUCUUCUUUUGCUAUUUGGAAAUCGGAAACGGCGUCUGGUUAAUGCCUGGAAAUCACGGGGAAAUUUCGGUGGAUGAACAGAACAGAGUCGAUAACGAUAACAAGAAGACGGGAAAGAAGAAGAAGAGGAAGGAUGAUGCGAAAGAGAAUGGAAUCGUGGAUGAUUUUGAGAACCGGAAUCGAUUGGUACUGCCUUCGAUUUCAAAGACCAGGAAGCGAUUUGUAGACAAGAUCAGGAAGAAGCCCAAAUCACCGAAGCCAUCGUCUUCUUCACGUUCCGGGUCGCGUAAAGGAGGCUGCUUUUCUAUGAUGAGACCUCGCAGAACAGAGGAGAGUGAAUCUUCUCCUUCUUCUCCACUUUCUGACCCUAACGAUGAAUGCUUCACUCAUGAUAUGCUGAGAGUAAUGUUAGAGACCAAUGAUUUCUGCUCUAAUGAGUGCAAUCCACAUUGGUGAUUUGUGUAUGUUCGAUAAUUGGGGGUGAUUCUUGUUUUAGUUUUUUUUUUCUUGCUCAAUCUGUAUAGAUAUUCUUCUUCUGGCUAAAUCCAUCAAUGCCUAUGAGUGUUUUUCUUUUGUUCCAAACCAAUGAUGAUUCUUAGCAUGUGUAUGAUUAAGCAAUUGAGUAUUGAAUCU